CUGCUUUUCAAUGAAGUCCAGCUUUCCUUCAUCAUUCUUCAUCUCUUCCGACAGCAAUCUUCAUCUUCAGAUAUCAGCAGCAGCGUCUCCAGUGUUUCCCAGAGUUCCUCACUGCGGAUGAGCAGAGCAACAUUCAGCACACGGCGGACCACUGCACUUCUCACGGGCUCGGCUACUGACGGGCACACUCCUGGAGCUCAUGAAGACUGGACGGGACGGGGACGCGCUGGACGUGAAUUGGAUGGCUAAAUUGUCUGAUGUGUGUGUGUGUGUGUGUGUGUGUGUGUGUUCUCUGCAGAGUCAGCAGUGUAAUGAAACAGGAAGUCCUCACACUGAUCUUUUCCCAGCAAACAACGAGACCCUGGAGGUGGACAUCUACAAAGGGGGUGUGGUUCUGGGCUGUUUCUUCGGGCCGGCUGCGCUCUACAUCUGGGCUGUGGGGAUCCUGGCUGCGGGGCAGAGCUCCACCAUGACUGGCACAUACUCUGGGCAGUUUGUGAUGGAGGGUUUCCUGAACCUGCGCUGGUCCCGCUUCGCCCGUGUGCUGCUGACGCGCUCCAUCGCCAUCUUCCCCACCCUGCUGGUGGCCGUGUUUCAGGACGUGCAGCAUCUCACCGGCAUGAACGACUUCCUCAACGUGCUGCAGAGCAUGCAGCUGCCGUUCGCUCUGAUCCCCAUCCUCACCUUCACCAGUCUGACGUCUCUCAUGCACGACUUCGCUAACGGACUCGUGUGGAAGAUCGGCGGGGGUCUGCUCAUCCUGCUGGUGUGUGCGAUCAACAUGUAUUUUGUGAUUGUGUACGUGACGGAUCUGAACAGCACCGUCCUCUACGUGCUGGCGGCGCUGCUGUCCAUCGCUUACCUCAGCUUCGUCAUAUACCUGGUGUGGCAGUGUCUGCUGGCUCUCGGUGUGUCCGCUCUGGCCUGUGGAUCUUCAGCUGAGUUUCCAGCAGCCGCUCUCAUACAGGAGCAGCCCGAGUUCGACUCCUGAACCAAAGACUGAAGCAGGAGCUGGGUUUCUGCACACACACACACACACACACACACACACACACACAGUGCAGCAGAUGAUCAUUAACAGUAGUGUGAUAUAUCUAAUAGACUAACAGCUGAUGAGCAGCGCUGAUGAUUCAACCGUUAUUUAAAGCUCCUUUAGUUUAUGUUAUAGUGUUUUAAUGAGCCGCAGGAGCAGUAUCCUGCGUUUAUACCCUGAACAUGUGUUUUACCUGCAGUAAAUACUGACUUGCAGAGCAGCGAAGGAUUUAUUUGAGCUGAAACGACGCCAUUAUUCAUACUUGAACACAGUGAAGCACCCAACCCCGGCUGAGGAGGAUCAUUGCGGCCUGAUUCACAGUCAGUUGUGCUCAGAUCUGCUCCAUUAUUUCAUGCACAGGUUCAUUUCAGAGACUGCUGCUGCUGCUGCUGCUGCUAUACGGUCAUGCUUCAGAACAAUGCUUCUCUUAUGGUCCAGCCAAUGGAGGAAGCAGAAGAAUCCUAAUCUAAUCUGAAGACCUGUUUAUUCUGCUUGUUUAAGGAGAAACUGGUUUAUUUGGGCUCAUUGUUUCUGUUGUGCUUGUCUGGUGAAUGCUGCUUGCUUUAAGAGUUUGUAGAUCUGUGGACUAGACUCAAGACAGCAGUAAGAGAGGUGUUGCUCUGCAGCGCAGUGUUUGCUGUAGUUUAAUCCGGCAGGUUAAUAAUCACCUUUAAUGAUUGAGAGAUAAUCAGCCAUCAAGUGCCUUUGUGGAGAUCUGCGUGUGUCGUGUCGCGCGUCUUCAGUGUUCUGUUUCUCCUGAACGCCACCUUGACCUGAGCUUCAGAGCAGAUUUAUGAGUUCUGUUUGCUGUUGCCGUUGUUUUAAACACAUUCCUGACUGUCAGACAUGCAGAAGUGUGUGUUUGAGUCUGUUCUGCAGUGGAUGAUGAUGAUGAUGAUGAUGCAAUAAUAAACGUCCACCGCCA